AUGCGCUACUGCCCAAUCAGCAAUCAGUACGAACGGAGCUAUAAGGCAGUAGAAGCAACUAUAGGAGGAAAUGCCUACCAGCACAGCAGAGUGAACCAGUGGACCACCAGCGUGGCGGAGCAGUGCCUCAGUCAUCUCAGCAAGCAGGGGAAGCCUUUUAAAUAUAUUGUAACCUGUAUCAUCAUGCAGAAAAAUAGGGCAGGUCUACAAACAGCCAGUACGUGCUUCUGGGAUAAUGCCACUGAUGGAAGCUGUUUGGUGAGAUGGGAGAACAAGUCCAUGUACUGUAUCGUCAGUGUUUUUGGGCUGGCCAUCUGAACCAACUACAACAUACCUAGGGUGUUUGAAAUGUAUAGGAUUUUGUGUGUUUUUGAGAACCUGCAUGUUGUAUUCAAGUCACGUUGACUGUAUUUGAAUACACUUUUCUGCUUUUGUACUAAGUGCGAUUGAAUAAAACGAUACUAUGCUGGAUAUACUUUGCUUUAUUUACAUGAGACAUGACAAGAGUGCUACAUGUACAGCUUUUAUCUCAUUAAGCAACACAAAUUGCAAAGAACUCCCAACAUAUCAGGACCCACAACAACCUCAUUUAACCACCGUAAACUACAUUCACACUGAAAGAAUCAAAAAUGUACAUUAAUCUCAAAGCAUUUACAAAUUUGAGACCACAGCCCAGUAAUAAGAAAUGUAAAGACAAGGCACCAUCUUGAAUAGAAUAUGUUAGGAUAUUAUUUGUAAGGAACGGAAACACAUUUGUUUGGCUGUUUUUGUCCAUAACUCCAGGUUUAUAAAACAAAGGAAAAGGCAGCAAGUCUCACAUUGUAGGCAAGGUAUGGAAAGUUACGUGAGAAAAAAAACAAGUA